GUCAAGCAGGUGUUGAUGAACGUGGAGGAGCAAUUAUGGUCGCUGCCGGUGGAGCAGCGAGUGCCCGAGCGAUUUCUGUGCGGACAGCUGUGGAAAGAGCCAAACCUCUGCUUCCUUCCUCCUCUUGCUGAAUUCUCCAGAGCAAUUGUGUUCAUUCUUUUUAAUUAAAAAGCCUGCUCUGUUAUCUUUGGCUAAACCGGCAGAAAAGAGAGAACUUUUUCAUUUCUGUUAUUUUAUUUGGGCUCCUUCCCUUACUUUUGGUUUCCCUCAGUAUGGCUGCUGAUGAAGCGCAGAGCUACCUUGAUCCCGAAAGGUGAGUUGAUCAAAUCUCAACGACCCAAUCCAAUAACAAGUUCAUCACGUAAUGGGACCCUGCCGUGGCCACAAUGCCCAUCACUCCGGAGAACGCGGUGCUGUUUCUUCCUAUCCUUUACCGGUGGCUCCAAAACCAUCUGAAGGAGGGAGUGGAGGAGCCGGAACACAGACUUUGCCACUCUGCCAUUAAGAAGCUGAGGGAGUACAUCCAGCUCAACUUCCCAAUAGAGGAGGGCAAACUGCAACAUGGUACUUGUUUUGUGGAUAUGGAGAUCUGCACACUGUACCUGACCAAGGAUCCAGGGAAGACAGAGGCGCUUGGCCUAAGUUUUGGGAAUAUCCCUGCUCUGGGGGACUAUGGUGAAAAGAGGAGAGUGGGGAAGAAGAGGAAGGGGCAUAAGGGUCCUGUGCUGGAUGUUGGAAGCAUCUGGGUCACCGACUUAAAGAAAAACAGCCCCGCAGGGAAGUGUGGAAAGGUUCGCUUGCGAGAUGAGAUCCUUUCGCUGAAUGGGCAAUUGAUGGUCGGAGUCGAUAUCAGCGGUGCAAGCUACCUUGCUGACCAGUGCUGGAAUGGCGGCUUCAUCUACCUGAUCAUGUUGCGUCGCAUCAAGCGCAAGGCCCCUCUUCCUCCGUCGAACGGCAACAACAGCAACAGCAGCAACGAACCCAAAGCCAGGCCUACCUCGGAGCCCAGCGGGAAGACAGCACAAAAUGGCAAAAGGACUAGGAAGUUUGGCGUCAUCACCAGAACUCCCCCCGGGGGUAAGGAAGGCAAGGGCAACAAAGGCGGCAAAGGCAGCUCCAGGACUGAGCAGGGAAAUGGACAUUGCACCCUUAUGGAAAUGGACGGGUUGCACCCCGAGGCAUCCAGCACAGAAAGCAAACUGGAGGAUCGACUUCAAAAAGCUGACUCGCCGUUUCCAGCGGGGCAAUACCGCUCCCGCCUUUCAGACGGAGGGAUUCUAGACCUAACCUCAAGUGAACUGUCGCUGCAGCGAGAAGGUUGCCGGAUAUGGAAGAUGACCAUGAUGAAGGGAACAGAUGGGCUGGGAAUCCAGAUCACCGGAGGCCGAGGAUCGAAGCGUUCUCCUCACGCCGUCAUUAUUGCACGGGUGGAAGAAGGAGGCUCUGCUCACAGAGAUGGUAGACUGAAAGUUGGCGAUGAACUGCUCAUGAUCAAUGGCCACUCUUUGGUUGGCCUCUCCCAUCAAGAUGCUGUUGCUCUUCUUCGGUCGGCCGAAGGCCUUGUGUACCUGGUAGUUGCAAGCAGGGAAGGGGCAGAAGAGGAUUUUCUCAGUUACCCAUCUACAAGCUUGCCAGACUUAAUCAGCACUUGCUCUGCUCAAGAUGCGGCUCCCUGGACUGACAAUAAAGAAAACGAAGAGCCAGAGGAAGAGGAGGAGGAGGACAAAGGAAAGACUCUGGUGCCAGAAGUCCUGGAACCCGAGCCAGAUCUGACAGAUCCAGAUAACCCUGCAGAUCCUACUGGUGCAGAGGGAUCCAAAGAAAACUGCCAGAGUCCAACUCUGGGAGGUGGCAUAUUGAAGUACAGGAGCAGAUCCCAAGGGGCGGCAACGCGUUUAGAAUCCGUAGGCGAAGAUGACGAGUUGACAGUGGAAAAUGGAGAUGUGAAUUUUGAAAUAGCCAUGAAAUAUUCCCGGGGAGGGAGAAAACAUUCUCUCCCACAGCAUUUGGACACAGGAACCAGACAGGAAUACCAUAUUGUUAAGAAAUCUACCCGCUCUUUAAGUGCUGCGCAGGUUGAAUACCCGUGGCGACUCACCCAGCCAUCAAUUAUUUCCAACAUUGUCCUGAUGAAGGGGCAGGGCAAGGGACUUGGAUUCAGCAUUGUGGGAGGGCAGGAUUCUGCCCGGGGACGCAUGGGCAUCUUUGUGAAGACCAUUUUCCCAAAUGGGGCUGCAGCUGCUGAUGGCCGGCUGAAAGAAGGAGAUGAACUCCUAGAAGUUAAUGGAGAGUCCUUGCAAGGACUGACUCACCAGGAAGCCAUUCAAACGUUUAAGCAACUCAAGAAAGGCGUGGUGACCCUCACAGUACGAACCAGGCUUCGCAGCCCAAGCCUUACGCCAUGUCCAACGCCUACGUUACUGAGCCGUUCCAGCUCCCCAAGCUCUACUGCUAGUGCAGGACCUCCUUUGCCCGGCUGCGAAGAUGGAGAUGUCGCCCCUGCAAAUCGUAAGGGGCCUGGUCCCAAGGACAGGAUCGUCAUGGAAGUGACUCUCAAUAAAGAACCAGGUGUUGGGCUGGGCAUUGGUGUUUGCUGUCUCACACUGGAGAACAGCCUUCCAGGAAUUUAUAUCCACAGCCUGGCCCCAGGAUCAGUGGCAAAGAUGGAUGGAAGGUUAAGCCGUGGGGAUCAGAUCCUGGAAGCAGAUUCGGUCAGUUUGCGUCAUGCAGCUCUGAGCGAAGCGUAUGCCAUUUUGAGCGAAUGCGGCCCUGGCCCAGUUAGCCUUAUCAUUAGCCGCCAUCCCAACCCAAAGGUUUCUGAACAAGAAAUGGAUGAAGCCAUUGCCCGCACCACUCAGAGAGAAAGCAAGGAUGCAUCUUCCCCUCACACCACAGGGAAUCUGCCCAAAAGUCCAUCGCCUAGUGUGAAGUCCAAGCAGACAGAAGCCUCUUCGCCCUUGAGCUGGACAAUGAAGCGUUUCUUGGAGCCAGGGAGCCGGGGAUCCAUCAAUUCUGAAACAGAGUUUUCCCAAUACUUCUUACAAGACGGAGCAAGCCAGCUGUCACUUUCAGAGACUACAAUAACUGGCUCUAGCGAUGAGGAGCCGCUCCGGCCAAAGAGUGGGAGCAGCUCCUUAGAUGAAUGUUUUCCUUCUCCUGGUAUUCCAGCUACCAAAGAAUCGGGCAUAUGUGAUUCACCGAGUAGUGGAAACAACUCACCUGGUCCCUUCAACAAGCAAAGAGACAAUGCUACCCGGCAUGUUAGCUUCAGCGAUAGCCCCAAAGGUCCGCGUACCUCCUUCCAGAGGCAGCGGAGACUUGCUUUCUAUGACGGUGAUGCAAGUGACGAGGAUGAGUUUUCCAAGCAAGACGGUGCUCGGCUACAAAGGGGACCAAGGCCCAAAGGCCAGAGGAAGGCAGAGGGCAACUGUGAGCUUGCCAUUGCAACUUCUCCUGUCAAAGGUGGCGCUACAAACCCGGAGAGAGAACCAGGGACAAAUUUGCACAACGAUUCAGCUGUCGCUGGCUUUAGGGAUUCGUCAGACAUCGCUGCCGAGCACGCAGCAGACUCCCCUUUCCUCCCAGUCAAAUCAUUUGAUUACACGAACGUGCCCGAGCUUCACCCAGGUCACCUGAGCUUGAAGGAGUUUCGGGAGGCGCAGCUGGAAUCCAAGAGAUCCCCUAAGCUGGAGCACAAAGCCGUCACUCGGGUCAAAAGCUUGAUGAGCAUCGAAUACCAUGGCAUCCCGCGGCAGAAGAACGAGGAGCACAGUGCUUCCAACAGAGCUAGUGGGAGGAUGCUUCCACAUCUCCGGAAGAGCGAAACACAGGAGAGUCCUCUUGGGCAGAGCCACCCUGAAGCAGUCACCUUAACUCGGAAUGAAAAUGAAUCGUUUGGCCUUGACCUGGAAAUCCAUGCCAUCCCCUUGCGUGUCGUGAUAACAGGCUUGCGGCCAGGAGGAGCAGCUGAAAGGGCGUCUAUGGGGAAGCUGGUUCCAGGAGAUGAGAUCCUUGCCAUCAAUGGAGUCCCGAUCCAUGGGUUCUCUUACGAGGAAGUCUGCCAAUAUGUACGAGGUCUCCCCACAUCCAUCACACUGGACAUCCAGAAAGCUGUUGCUGCUACGAACCGAUUUGCAAAUCUCCUUGUAUCUUCGGAGGUCGACGAAGCAGUUCAGAGAAAUCCAAGCAAUAUUCUUAUGAUCAAAGAAGAGAGGAGCUUUGCAAACCACCAAGAACCUUUGCACGGGGGCAAUCCCGAUUAUGUGGCAGAAGGGACAGCAUUGCCGUCUGAUGCAAAGACCAAUGCAGCACUAGCAGAUUCCUUCGAAACCAGCUAUGCUCAGGACAGCACUGUGGUACCACUGAGAGACAUGGAUGACUCCCUUGGCAAAACACCUUCCUCGGGUGGAAAAGAUGCUAAGUGUUCAUUCAUCAGGGACAGGUGUGCCAGGGAAGAUGCAGAUGGGAGGGCAGAAGAUUCCUGUUCUCAUUCUGAUGCCACCAACACACAAGAAAUCUUGGGGUUUUCUGUCUUGGAUUCCAUUAACACGAGCAAGAUUUUCACUGUGAACCAAACCCGUUUGAGUAACUAUUCCAGGAAUUUCAGCAGUUUAAACAAAGACACCCUGGCUGGAAUGGAGAGCAAAGUGAACACUGCCCCAAAAUCUAUGUAUGCUACCGCCGAAGAUUCCAGUUCAGACACAGAAUCUGUAGCUGAAACUCCCAGAGCUUCCCCCUCGCAGCCUGCUUGUGACAAUCCCUUGGAGACCCAUAAGGCAGUUGAGUCAGACGAGGAGCGAGUUGAACUUUGCUGUCUGAGUAGUGAGCAGCAACAUUUUCCUCAGGAACAGCUGGUCCCAACUACCCCCAAAGUAUUUCGUCAUCCACCAGAAUGCAGUCCUUCAAAUGGUGUUUUACAGACUGAAAUCAAGGCAGAAAUUGGUUUGCCGGAAGAAUCCAGUGGGACAGCCUUAUUAGAAAAGCCACAUUCUCCAAGGCACUUCGGUGCAGAACAGGUGGCUCCAUCCACAGCCUUUCCUUCUCCUCCUCAGGUUUCUCCAUCUGGGAUUGAUAGGUUAGAUCACAGUGGUGCAGUUUGCUCUUUCCAAGACAAUGGCCCCUUAAGGAGAGGAGAAAGAUUAAGCAUGGAAAGUAAAGAAAGGCUUGCCGGGGCAUGUGAGGCUUCCAAACGAGAUGCCCAAGACAUGCAUUUGGGCAUGACGAAAACCAUAAAUGGCUGGGACUGCAAUCUGCUUGACAAAGACCAACCCAAUAAAAAGGAGCCAUUGCAUACAGAAAACGAUUUAGCAGCAGAUGAUGGCAGUCAUACGUUUGGUUGCAAUUCUGCUCCGACGAAGAAAGAAACCAGUGACUCGGGCCACUUGAACAAACCAGACAGCCAUUCUGUGAACUGCACGUCACAGAGAACAGUAAACAGUCCCAAAUCUCCCCUUUUGACAAAAUCGAAAGAUCUGAGUAAGGCCGCUGCUGCUCAUGAAUUGCCAGGAAAGAGUGAAAAGGCAAAUGCCUCAAAAUUUCCAAAUGUCAAAAUCCAAAGUUCUGGCCAGUGCAAAGUGAGCACAGUAGUUCCACAUAGUCCAUCAUCUUCCAAAAAACUGCAUCAUGAAACUAGAGGGAUUCCCCAGAAGAGUAUAGCAGAAACUCUUUCAAAUAACCAACGGAACAAGCCAGGGCCAAAGUUAAAGGGUCUUAUAAUUAAAAGCAAGUCCAAGACUCUGUCAGAUGCUCCAAGUGCUGCUCCUGCAAAAAUCGGCAGCCCUGAUCCGAAGAAAGCAUCCCUUCCCUUCCAAUCGUCACCCAGGCUUCUCCCAAAGAAAGGCACAUCACUCCAUAACUUGGCCACACAUUUGGAACCACCCAGCAGGAGUCUUUCAAUGGGCUCCAGGAUUCUUCAACAGGAUGAGGAAAAUAAGCCAUGUUUAGCCGUGCCUCCGGAAUCGCCUCUACCUUUGUCAAACGGCGACGGGAGCAGCGUCAAAGCCAAGAAAGAUAAACCCAUCAGCAGUUUGGAACUUGGCGGUUCUGGAACGGCAGAGAAUCCCGCGGAGGAAAAAGAUGCACAGGUCACAGACCAGGUGGUUCUAAAUAAUGACACGAGAGGUACAUUUGGUGAACACCACAUAAGAGAAAACCAUUCCCAAAUAAAUACAGAUUCUGAAACGACUGUCUUGAGUAACAGGACGGAAAACCGUGGACUGAGUACAGGUUUGUUGAAUCAUGAUGGGUGUGAAAUCAAGCCGUUGGGAUUGGAUAACCCCGAGCCUUUUAAAAAAGAGUCUUCGAUCCGCCUUGGUUCCCCUGCCCAGCAACCCCAACCAGGCCAGGAAAUUCAGCGGACUUUCAUUGAGGUGAGACUGUCUUCUAGCUCCUUCCCACCAUCCUCAUUGAUUCCCGAGUUGCCUCUGGAGAAGGAGGAAGGACACACUAGGUUGGCCAGCCAACCAGAAAGCAAUGUUCAGAACAUUAGGCAGAGCACCGUUGAGGAAGAAAACAUUCACAAUGCAUUGAAGCCUGUGACGAGGACCUACUCAGUGCCUGCCCAGCUAUCAAACCAUUUGAGGGAGGACAGCCAUGUUAUGGAUUCGCCGACACAUUGUGUCCAGGAUAUCCUGAGCAAUGUUUCGGGAGAAAAGUACCCCCAUUCAGAGUUGGGCAUGCUAAAAAUUGUCCACCUCAGUCUGAUGAAUGGCACAAAAGAUGGAGUAGAGACACCUCACAGUGCCCCUAAAUCAAACAGUCAAGAAUUGCCUUCGACCAACAGCAGCAGCAGCAGAAUCGCCGACAAAUUGAAAACCUGCAGGAGGAAUUAUUACUAUUAUGAGCUCAACUGGCCACACGAUCCCAUUUCCUCUUUUUCUGUGAAACAGAGAAUUAAAUCGUUUGAAAACCUUGCCAAUUUUGAUAGGCCUCUGGUUAAAGCGAUAGACAUACACUCCACCUCGCUUGGCUCAAAGCUUCCUAUUGGUAGAAGGCUGUCAGGUGGUACUUCUGCAGUUUCGGCUAGCAACAUCAAUGACCCUGUCCAGGCGCUGAGACGUAGUUUGAGUUCCUAUUGUGAAAGCGAAACCCUGUCCCCCACACAAAUGACAAAAUCAUCAACCAGUGUGGCAUUAAUGCAACUGCCGCAGAAUCACUCUGAGAGCAGCAAAGAUGAUGCUCAUCACUUAGAAAAGGGCGAAAGGUGCAGUGCUUUGGGAGGUCCAAAUUGUUUGCCGCCAUCUACCCCCACCAUCCGAAGAAGCAGAGCUUCAGGUGGGCACAUCAGGCAUGCACCCUUGUCCCGCUCUAAGAUCCGGGAACUGCGGGCGUUGAGCAUGCCCGACCUCGACAAGCUGUGUAGCGAGGACUUCUCUGUGGAAUCUGCACCUUCUCAUUUCAAAACGGAACUGGAAGUUGCCCCUGCAGCGAGACCUCUUGGCCUUCCCAUUGAAACCGAAUCCAGUCUGAAUGAAUGCCUGGGGCUCUCCAGUCUUGUUUCAGCAAGCAGGCAGCAUUCGAAGGAAAGCAGUCCCUGGAACAGCAGCUGCGGCACUCCUGGGUCAGCAUCCGAUGACGAAGUGCUACAACACGACGCCGACCCAAACAUGACGCACUCGGGGAAGAGCUGGUCGAUCAGCUUGGAUCAACUCCUGGUCUCCACUCUGGAUCAGCAGAAAUUGCAGUCGGUUCUUUCUUCAGUGACGACAAAAUGCGACCUUCUUUCUUUACUCCGAGAGGCCAAAGCACAAGCCGAGAGCAAAGAAGACGUUCUCUUUGUAGUCUUGAAUAAAGAGGAAGGGUCUGGCCUGGGAUUUAGCGUUGCUGGAGGAGUAGACCUGGAACAGAAAUCAAUCAUCGUCCACCGGGUUUUCUCCAAGGGGGUGGCAUCCCAGGAAGGAAUCAUCCGCCGAGGGGACCACAUCCUUUCCAUCAACGGCAUCUGUCUCGCAGGUUCUGUGCACGGCGAUGUGCUCAACGCUCUUCACCAGGCCAGGCUCCACAAAUACGCCGUCGUCGUCAUCAAGAAGGAGAGAGGCGGAGAAAAGCGUUCUCCUGCCGGGUCUGAAACGUCAACACCUGGCAGGAAAUCCUUAGUAACUGCAACAGUGGGAAGAGCAACAGGUACAAAUGGAGAGGGGGGCGAAGCCAUUUGUGUCGAACUUCUGAAGACUUCUGCUGGCUUGGGAUUCAGCCUGGAUGGGGGGAAAGCUUCAAUCUCAGGAGACAGACCUUUGCUCGUCAAGAGGAUUUUUAAAGGUGGCGCUGCAGAACAAGCAGGAAAACUGGAAGCCGGCGAUGAAAUUCUGGCCAUUGGUGGGAAAUCCUUACUUGGACUCAUGCAUUACGAUGCUUGGAACAUCAUUAAAUCUGUCCCGGAGGGACCUGUCCAAUUGCUUAUCAGAAAGCAUCAGCCUCCAGUAUGAUGGGCAUUGAAACUUGUUAACCUAAACUUACCUUUGUGGCACACCCUUCCAGGUUGUGUGCAAUGGAACCAUUACAAACACAUUGCAAGAGCUGAGCCUUGUUGAAUCAGUGGCGUUGUUCUGUGUCAGACUGCUAAAAUCAGCCAAGGAACAUCAAGAUACGUGAGCCAGGAAUGUAUCCCAGCGAAUGCACCAGUGUUUUAUAAAUGGCCUCAUUUCCUCCACCACCACUAACCCCAGUAUUAUUAUUAUUGGCUGCAUGGACUUCUGUUGAUCUGAAUCUCCUUCCUGUCAUCCUCAAGACCAGCUCAUCAGUCACCUGUUUGGAGCUGCACCGAAGCAAAGCUGUUGAAAUCAGUCUUGGAAUCUGUUUUCAACGCAAGCUCCGAUCUGCCUGGGAUUACGUGAAGUGAAAAAGACUGCCACGGAGCACGUGCAGAGUGCAGCUGCCGCAUUGCCUGGACAACCCCCAACCAAGCUCACACGUCUGGGUGGACUAUGGGUGAAAGUCAGGUUGCUUGACUGCGAAACAAACCUAUCAUUUUAUCAAUUAAUUACUGCACGUUGGAUUCACUUCAUAGAUGGUGCGAUAAACGGUACUUUGCAUAGGUUGCAUGGGAAAGCUUGGCAGAGUACAAUUUGCAAUAUGA